AUGACAACAUUGUGGAAUGCCACAUAUGGCAUGCCCGUAUAUUGGCACGCUGCCACUUUUGUGCUGCUACUGGGAGCAGUCGCCGCUAUCUACCAUGCCUUGGGCCUUGGAGGACCUAGAAUCCCUAAAGGGUUACGAGCCCCUCCCUCGCCACCUGGCGCAAGACUCUUCAGCGGCCAUUCCCACAUCUACACAGGCCAAGUAACGAACAAUCCGAGCGAGUCACAGCUCGUCAAAUGGGCCCAAGAGCUUGGAGAGAUCUAUCAGAUUCAGAUGGGAACCCAGCGUUGGGUGGUCCUCAGUUCCCCCGAGGCUAUCAAAGAAGUCUUUGAUAGGCAAGGUAACUUGACGUCAAGCAGAGGUGUCAAUCGAGUUGCCAUGGGCGUAUUGUCUGGCGGAUACCGAAUGCUAUUCAUGCCAUACGGAAAACAAUGGCGUGACAUUCGUGCUAUCGUCCAUCGCUGUUUGACGGUCAAAUCUGCAGAUGGUAUGAAACCUUCGCAAGACCUCGAAUCGCGACGUUAUCUUUACGAUCUGUUGAUCGAGCCUGCAAACUUCUGGAACCAUGUCAAACGCUAUUCGACAAGUGUAAUCAUGUAUGCAACAUAUGGCAGGCGGAUCGUUACCGUCGACGAUCCAGUCCUCAAUGAUAUAUACACCGAAACGGGGAUAUUCGCCGAAUGCUUUGGACAGAUCCAUUUAGUUGACCAGUAUCCAGUCCUGGAAAAGUUACCGAAAGCUCUACAGUGGUGGCGCAAAAAGUAUGAGCCCUAUCAUCAGAAAGAGCUACAACUCUGGCUCGGGUUGUGGAAAGCUUUGCAAACCCAGAUGGCAAAAGGAAUCCGCACUGGAUGUUUCGCGGAGAAGUUUAUGGAGGUUGAUUAUCCCAAGAUGGGUAUCUCUGAGAACCAGGCAGCUUAUGUCGCUGGGACCAUGAUUGAGGCUGGAAGUGAUACCACACAGCUUACGCUUAACAGUUUGAUCUUGGGACUCGUUGCAUUUCCUGAGACAGUCGAAAAAGCACACAGAGAGCUGGAUAACGUUGUUGGCCACCGGAUGCCGACAUUUGAAGAUUUCAACCAGCUACCUUAUAUUCGUGCCAUGGUCAAGGAAGUGCUGAGAUGGCGUACUGCUUCAAACGAUCAUUUUCAACACUUUAGCACUGGUGAUGUUGUCUACAAAGACUACUUCAUCCCCGCAGGCUCAUGCAUUGUCGGUAACGUUUGGGCUCUGAACUUCGAUCCCGUCUUGUUCCCCGACCCUCAACGCUUCUAUCCAGAUCGGUAUUUGGACACCGUGGCCAAUAGUUUGACGGCUGGCGAGUGCCUUAAUGUGCAAGAUCCUCGACAGCGAGAUCAUUGGGGGUUUGGCGCCGGCCGACGUGUCUGCGCUGGAUAUAAUCUGGCGGAGAACUCGUUGUUCAUUCUCACAGCGCGGUUGUUGUGGGCUUUCGAUGUCAAGGCGCCGAUUGAUGAAGUUACUGGGAAGCCAUUGAAAUAUGACCUUUGGGAUUUCCCGGCGACUAAUAUGUUUGGUCCAAAUCCUUUCAGGGCGGACUUCAAGAUCAGAGAUGCCGGGAGAAAGGAACAGAUCCUUGCUGGCUUGGAGAUGUUCAAGAGUGACUUCAGCUGA